CCCCAGGGCGCAUGUGCAGCCACCAUGAAGCGUCAAUAAGAGGCAAUAGGGAUGCAAAACUGAGGGAGGCGGAUGUAGCCUGAGUUUAUUGCAACUGAGAGCGGCGGCCUUAAUGAAUACCAGGGAACACGAUGUCUAUGAUCCUGUUUGCCUAUGUGGCUCGGGUGACGGAUGGGUUGCCGCUCUCUGCUUCCACGGACUUUGAAUACAGCACAGAGUUGCAAGAAUCUAAAAUGCAUCUGAAGAUUGUGUCCAAAAUGCUGGGGCAAUUUCCUGGCCGUGGAACGGUGAAGAACAAUCAGCUUCACAUACAUUUUACUUCUUCACAGGGUGUUGCCUACAUGACCAUCUGCUGUAGCUAUUAUCCUACAACAAUGGCGUAUUGUUUCCUAGAGGAACUUGGAAUGGAGUUUGCUUCUUCCUUUGAGGUUGCUAAAAUCCAGCUGGUAUCAAGACCUUACGCUUUUCUUGAAUUUGACAAUGUGAUACAGAAGAUAAAAUGGCAUUAUAACCAUUCUAACCGUCCAUCAUUAAAGAUCAGCGUGACAAAUAUCCAGAGGGAGCUAAAGGUGACGCCACCUCGACAGGUGAACUUGGAUGACAUUGUGAUCUCCAAUGGGACACUGAAUGGACAUCUCCAUUUAUGUUCUGGCUCUGCACCCAGUUACAGGCUGGAAAUUGUGAGUGCACUUGGGAUCCUAUCGAUUAUCCUUAACAUUGUAUGCGGAGCUCUCAAUCUCAUCCGUGGAGUUCACCUCAUCGAACACAACUUUCAGGACAGUAAUGAAGAAAAGGGAUCAGUUGUUGCAUUUCUUGUAGCUUUCAUUAGCUGUGCAUUUCAGUGUUACCUGUACAUCUUCUACGUGUCGGCGAGAACAAUCAAGGCACCUGUAGCGCUGGUUCUCCUUUGUAUAUGCAACCUUUAUUUAUUUGGGUUGAGGAACAUUUGGCAAAUCUUCUUCCACUUGGGAGUGGCGUGCCUGUCCACGCAGCAGAUAUUGUCGAGGAGGAUGACAGAGAGACUUGCUGACUGCGGAGUCUGAUGCCUGAGAGCUCCUGUCCCAUUGACGACCUCCGGGAAAAGUCCAGCCCUCCAGCGCUCCCUCUCAAAUGUGCCUUCCUUGUGUCCAAUAACGUCAACGCCAUCGCCUACCACCGCGGCCACUGCCUGGAUGAAAAAUAGCAAAACGCUUGCAAGGAAUGUAAAAUGUCCGCCCCUUCUCAAAGUGGAAGAUCCGACAAGAGAGGAAGUGGAAACACAAGGAACUGCAGUUGCUCUUUUACAAAAGGAAAGACACUAAGUGCUGGAGUAUCUCAGCGGGUCAGACAGCACCCCUGGGGAACAUGGACAGGUGACCUUUUGGGUCGGGACCCUUGAGUAUUCUUCCAUACGAGAGGAUGAUGAUCACUCUAAAAUUUAGUGUGCGAUGAUGAAUUCGGAGGAGCCACUGGAUGAUACCUCAUUGUGUCCAUGGAGUGAGUUGAGGCCUUUGUGUUCACUUGGCUGGAGAUAAUUGGACCUGGGGAAUGCUACGUAUUCCCAGUUUAAAGUAACACAUUCUUCCUGUAACUAUAUUAUUUCCGUAAGUUGAGGCAGUUCAUUUGGUGAACUGCAGUUGUGCUCUUGAAUUGGGGUUGUGCCACUAUGCAGGAGGUACAACUGUAAGAUGAUAGGGACAGUUUUUGCCUCCAGCUGUGCACAGAGCAAUGUUCAUAAAUUCAUGUCAUCGGAGCAGAAUUAGGCCAUCCGUCCCAUUGAAUCUACUCCAUCCUUCAAUCAUUCCUGAUCUACCUUUCCCUCUCAAUCCCAUUCCCCUGCCUUCUGCCUUCUCCCGAGGCUGGAUGGAGGGAGCUUGUUGCUCUGUUAGAAUGUCAUGUUCCUGCCCCACUGCUGAGGUCUACAAUCUUCACAUCACUUCCGUUACGGAUAAACGUGUUGGGCCAGGGACUUGGGAAUAGUUUGUGAUCAUGUUUUUUCUGUAUGUAACUCAGGAUAACGAUCCUUUUCUUAAAGAAAAUAAUACCGAUUAAUAGGACUGCUCAAGAGAUAAUGUCUAUAGAAUUUAGCCCACAAGACACAGGAACAGAAUUAGACCAUUCUGUCCAUCGAGUCUUCUCUGCCGUUCGAUCAUGGCUGAUCUAUAUUUCCCUCUCAACUCUAUUCUCCUGCCUUCACCCCGUAACCUUUGACACCCUUACUAAUUAAGAACCC